AUGAGUUCGGAGUCAGAUUUGGAGACUUGGAAGAAGUUGACCUAUAUCGACGAACUUCCGCAAGAUAUUGGCCUCUUCCGGAAGUUGUUGGAACAAUAUAGCAGAGUGCCUCCCAACGAGAUCGAUGAACUACUCUUCAACACGCGUAAGAAGCUUUGGGAGGUGGCCAUGUACCCCUGCAUUGGCCGUUGGAGCUUUCUAAAUCUGCGUAGCAUGCAUGACCAUCAUUUUCUCACUGCAUUCGAACGAUUAAAGAACUCGACCAGACCUGGUUCGGCUUCAGGAUCUACUGACGCCCUCCUUGACAUCGGAUGCUGUAUCGGUCAGGUGCUGCGAAAGCUUGUGCAAGACGGAAUCGAACCCACACGGUUGUUCGGCACAGAUCUUCACCCUGAGUUCAUCACCAUUGGCAAAGAGCUAUUCAACGAUGCAGGCAACGGCUUAACCUUGGUAGCCGGCGACAUGUUGAACCCCGAAGACAAGGCUUUGACAGAGUUGAAUGGUAAAAUAACACUUGUACAUGCGGCCAACUUCUUCCACUUAUUCAAGUGGGAGGAACAGGUCAAAGUUGGAACAAGGAUAACUCGCUUCUUGCAGCCGGGGACGGUUGACGCCAUGAUCUUUGGCAGACAGAUUGGAACUCAUAAGCCAAGAGAGAGGGAAGGCAAGUUGGGGUCGUUUCUGCACAACCAAGAAAGUCUUCAGAAGCUGUGGGAUGAGAUUGGGACAACGACCGGGACUCGAUGGCGUGUGGAGGUGGGGUUUAACGAGGAAAGACAAGUGAGCAUUCCUGGAUUCGGAGAGGAGGACAGAUAUAUCCGGUUUGGCAUCUAUCAGCUUCCACCACAGUAA